AUGGAUUACACCAAGGUGGAGGCCAGCAUCAAUACGGGCAACAUAAGCACCGAUGACUUCCUCGCGGUGUUCACAAGCGGCACAACAACAACCACAACGGCCACGCUGCCCAAUGGGAGUCCAAGUGGCGCCCUCAAUCCGCCCCUGGUGACCGUUGAUGGGCAGGUGCUGUUGCCGAAUCUGCUGGACCUGACGUCGCCAGUGAAUGACACGAUCUAUUUGCUGAAUGGCAGCUUCUACAACAACGGUCUGCAGUUGGCUGGAAGCUACUACAACCAGACGACGGGUAAUCAGAGCAGCGGGUUGGGGCUGCUGGGGAACAACAGCAAUGCCACCGAGAUGCACUGGGAUGGACGAUAUCCGAGUGGAUAUACGCUGACGCACAUUGUGAUUGCCUCGAUUAUUGUUACCAUACUGAUGAUCAUCAUUGUGGUGGGCAAUAUGCUGGUGAUCAUUGCCAUUGCCACCGAGAAGUCACUGAAGAAUAUACAGAACUGGUUCAUUGCCUCAUUGGCCGUCGCCGAUUUCUUUCUGGGUCUCAUCAUUAUGCCGUUCUCGUUGGCCAACGAGCUGAUGGGCUACUGGAUCUUUGGCAGCUGGUGGUGCGACAUACACUCGGCCAUGGAUGUGCUGUUGUGCACGGCGUCCAUCAUGAAUCUGUGCCUCAUCUCGCUGGAUCGCUACUGGAGCAUCACCAAGGCCGUCGACUAUCUAAAGUUGCGAACACCCGCCCGUGCCGCCGUCAUGAUCACGGCGGUGUGGAUUAUGUCCGCUCUCAUCUGCAUUCCGCCGCUGCUCGGCUGGAAGGUCAAGAUGCCCGAGGGUCCCCUGCCCAAGUGCGAGCUAAGCGAGGACAUUGGCUACGUGCUCUACUCGGCGCUGGGAUCCUUUUACAUACCCAGCUGCAUUAUGGUAUUUGUGUACAUACGAAUUUAUUUCGCCGCCAAGGCGCGGGCGAGACGCGGCAUUAAAAAACAUCCGCGUAAAACAAACAACGAACAGGUUACGAGCUUCACCACCGCCAACAAGAAAGGAACAAUACCGAUGCCAUCCUCCAGCGGCGCAACGCAGCUGCAGCUGCAUCAGCAGCGACAGAUAGCCACCAUUGAGACACCACCGAACAGUGCGACGUUACCCAUGCAAAUACCGACGGUAACCAUGGAUCUGGCCUCCGAUAUAUCCACCUCGGAGGCGGGCGAACUGGAGGUCGUUGCCGCCCAGGCAGCGGCCUUGGCCUAUGCCAAUCCCAAUCCCAAUCCCAAUGGCAAUUCAAGCCUGACCACAACAGCAGUUAGCAGCGGUCUCAACUCGCCAAAGGAGACACUUCAGGUGAGCACCAUUGCCACGGGUCGUGGCGUUGCACUCAAUGUCCCAGUGCCGCCGUCCAUGGGCAGCAGCAAUUCCAUCAAUGUGCUGAACAACAACAAUGGCAGCAUUACCACAGACGGAGGCAGCAACAGUGCAGCGACCAAUAGUGGAGUCGCAAGUGGCGGUGCUGCUGUUGCAGCUCCAGGCAACGAGCUACGCGUCUCACCCCUCGCCGGACGAUGUCGUGCUCUGUCCGUAGGCAUUGAUACCGACAUGGUGAGUGAAUUCGAUCCUUCCAGCUCGGACUCGGGCGUGGUCAGUCGCUGUGCGGUUGUCAAACCGCUCAAGUUUCGCCUUUGCCAGCCGAUCUUUGGCCGCAAGUCGAACCAGCAGCGUCGCAGCGAGACCAAGGCAGCAGCUGUGGCAGCCAAGAACAGUGCAGCAGCUGCGGCGGCUAAGAGCAAGGAGUUGGCGGCCAAAACGGAACUGGAACCGGCCAUACCGAAAACGCCAAAGCCUCGCGAUCCGGAGAAGGAGAAGCGACGCAUUGCCCGCAAAAAGGAGAAACGUGCCACACUCAUCCUUGGCCUAAUUAUGGGCAGCUUCAUUGCCUGCUGGCUGCCAUUCUUCUUCCUGUAUAUACUGGUGCCCGCCUGUAGUAGUCAUUGCAAUAUACCGGAAUCGGCAUUUGCGAUUGCAUUUUGGUUGGGCUAUAUGAACUCAGCUCUCAAUCCGGCCAUCUAUACCAUCUUCAACAAGGACUUCCGACGCGCCUUCCGGCGCAUCCUGUUCAAGUGAUGUUUGGCCUACGUGUGCUGUUACAGGUGCGUUUAUGCGAGCAUCGAGAAGGCUACCGAACGUGCCAUGGGCAGCACACCCAUGGGCUAUGGGCAUGGCAUGUAUCAGCAUUACAGGCGUUAGAUUUGCUUCGUUUACCCACUCGUCGUAACAAGUGUUCUAUUUUCAAUUUUAUGUUCGCAUCUUCAGUUGAAUUCUGUUGCCUUUUGCCUUUUGGUUCUCCAAA